GACACCGGAAGCACAAUAAUAAAACAUUAACUCAGGCCAAAAAAAAAAAAAAAAAUUCUAGCUAGCCUCCGUCGUUAUGUUUAUGUUUUCGGGGAAAGUUUGACCCAUAUUUCGUUGAGUUUCCGCAGCACUUCGGCAGCACAGGUCCGAGCCGUGAGCCGGUCAGGUUCUCACUGAGCGGCGAACCAAGCAACGAAACUGGCACCUCCACUGCCUGUCACCAUGCCCGCUCUGCUGGAGAGACCCAAGCUGUCCAACGCGAUGGCCAGAGCCCUCCAUAAACACAUCAUGAGGGAGAGGGAGCGCAAGAGGCAAGAGGAGGAAGAAGUUGACAAAAUGAUGGAGCAGAAGAUGAAGGAGGAGGAGGAGAGGAAGAGAACAAAAGAAAUCGAGGAGAGGAUGUCUUUGGAGGAAACCAAAGAACAGGUAAUGAAGAUGGGAGAGAAACUUCAGGGGCUCCAAGAGGAGAAACACCAGUUGUUCUUACAGCUCAAGAAAGUUCUCCAUGAAGAGGAGAAGAGGCGCAGAAAGGAGCAGAGUGAUAUCACAACACUGACGUCGGCCAGCUACCAGCCCAGUCUGCCCAUGCACGCUGGACAGCACCUGCUGAGCAUUCCAGGCAGUCCGGUCAGCCACAGUCGACCCGGUGCGCUGCUAGGAGAACGCAGCAAACAGUUAUUCCCAACUCCUGUGAUACCAGGCCGUCACUAUCAGACGCAGCCGGGCUUCAGUGCAGGCUCGGCAGAACAUGGCCAGUUCAGUGGAGGCCAGGGGGUCCAUGAGCCCUAUGGGGUGGCCCAGGCUCAGCACCCCUCCACCUACGCCCCAGGACCCUCUGUACCUGUCAGCUUUGCCAGCAGUUCUCAGAUCAGAGGUGCAUCCGCAUUUCAGGCCAUGCAGUACCUCCCCCACCAGCAGCCUGGCUACCCCGUCCACAGCCACUUCACCUCCCAGCCUGGAUUUAUCCCUGGGGCAGGAAUCCCCCUCCAGAAGCAGCUGGAACACGCCAACCAGCAGUCAGGCUUCACUGAUGCGGGCGCUUUGAGGCCCAUGCACCCCCAGGCCCUACACCCCUCAGCUGCAGGCCUGCUGCCCACACCUUCAAUGCAGGUCCAGAUUCCUACGGCAAAGGCUCCGUUCCAGAGCUCUCCCCAAGCCGCUCCCCGCCACGCCUUCCUGCCUCAUGCCCAGAGUGGACAGAGGUUCUAUCACCAUGGCAAGUAAACACAGCCGCGCCCUGGCACCGCCGCCCAACCUCGCUAAGGCUGUCACUGUCACCGAGAUUUCAUGGCUUCACCAGAGGUCCUGCAGAAUCUGUCAAACGGACAACGGAGCAGCUUCUUCAGAGCUUGCUUGAUGAUGGCUGAUUGUAAACGCCUCCCUGGAUUAGGCCAUAAUGCAUUGUGUGUCAUUUGUUGUAUAGUAUUUUAUUUUGCCAUCAGGCUUUGUUUUUGCUCUUUUCAUUUCUUUGAUCAAUGUUUAGCAACCCACAGGCAUAAUGUCCUCUUUAGUGUUUGUUGACAUCCAGCUUUGAUUUACACAACUUCAAAUAGUUUAGCACUUAAACUACACAGUAAAGGCAUUGUGUUUAGUGCUACCGAGCACAGCAGUAUUCACAAUAUCUUCUAUAGACUGUUCGAAGAAAAGCCUCUUCUUUGAGUACUAGCAGUCAUAAUCACGAAGUGUCAUAGGUGAGUUAAAGCUAAAGCCAGAUUCUCUUAGGCCCCAUAAAUGUCUGCAGAACCAGGGUUUCUUACCAUUAAUGUAGACAUGAUCAUUACUCCUCCAAAACAUGAAUAUUGGAGGAUUUUCUGUUUUCCCCCAGUCCUCUUAAGUAGACUUUACAACAUCAGUUUUAUGCUGUUUUGAAGCUUUAUGCUGUUGAAAUAAAAGAAAAAGCACACACCACAUCUAA